AUGGUUAAUCCCAAAAAUAAAUCAAUUAAUAUAAAUGAUUCAAGACCAAGACGAGCGAAGACUUUCACGGGAUGUUGGACUUGUAGAGCCAGGAAAGUAAAAUGUGACCUAAAAAGACCUGGGUGUCUUCGGUGUGCGAAAUCUGGAUUGGACUGUGGAGGUUACGAUAUUAAAUUACGAUGGUCUCCAUUAGUCAAAUUCGACCCAUAUGGUAUCCAAUAUUCUACAGGACCUGCUACUACAACCAGUAGCACAGCUACCACAUCUAUGAAAAUGUCAAAUAAAAAAACAAAAAAUACUCAUAACAGAAACAAAAAUGAUAAAGGUAGUAAUACUAAUGAACCACAUUACCAAAGAAGAAAUAUUGAUUUUGUCAAAUAUGAUGACGAAUAUGUGUACCAUGAGGAUAUGGAUGAUGAAUUAUCCCUCUUGCAUGCCCCACCGAUGGAUAAAAUAUCUGAUGGCAAGACUUGGAUAAUCAAAAAAUUUGGUGUUUUUAAAGGUCUGGAUAACCCAGAUACAACCUAUUUACAAAGGAAAAGAAGAAAGCCGAGACAAAAUACCACCACAAAUGCCACAUCCAUCAGCACUACUACUACAUCCUAUAUACUGCCAACAACACUACAGAAUAGAAUAAAAAAAAUUAGUUCCAAUAAUACAACUAAUAAUAAUAAUAAUAAUAAAUUUCUUUUAUCAAAUCCAAUACAGAAUUCGAAUCAUUUAAAUAACAGUAAAAAUACUAUUACAAAUGUUCGUAUAAUUACUGGAACACCCUCACUAGAAUCUACUCCAGCUAUGAAUUUCCCUGGAUACGACAAUAUAUCUAGUGAAUUGAGAGACGACUUCCUAUUAUCUGCAUUUGCUUCACAAGGUGCUACUAUCGGUAUUUCUCAAAUUGAUUCAAUAAAUAAUACAUUGCCACAAAUAUUUAAUAGCAACCAUUACAGCAUUAACAACAACAAAAACAUUAAUACUAACACACCUGUGAAUAUACCCAACAAUAUAUCUAACAAUGUAACUACGCCAACUAAUCUCAGUGCCAUUUCAAUGGCUUCAACCAUGACUACAAAUAAUUCUUCCAAUUCACCAUCAUCUAUUCGCUCGGACUCAAGUUUAAAUCAGCUAUUAAGGUACUUAUUUCAGUCAAAUCCAAAUUCUAAUCAUCAAACCCCUACAAUUCCAAAAGAUUCAACACAAUCACAAAAUAUUAAACUAAAAUCAGAGACACCUGUCCCUAUUACCCAUUUGUUUUCAAAUAAAAGAGACUCCAUCCCGCUAAGUGACCAGAUUAUUUUAGAUUCACCUUCCAAAGAAUCUCAUAUGCCAAAGACCAUCAUGCAAUUAGUACCUUCAAUCUUAGAUGACACAUCAAUGACUAGAAAUUUACAAAAUAUUGAUUCGUCGUUUAGGAUCCCACAGACCGGGUUAUUAAUUCAUGGACUUACACGUUUUCUUUUAAACCAUUAUAUUAAUAACGUAGCGGAUUUAAUGACUGUUAUUCCUGUAGAAAAUAACCCUUGGAAGACUUUAUAUUUCCCUCGUGCGAUAUCUGCGUUAGGUGAUUUAACUGGAUUAGGCCACACGACAAACUCAAGAAAUUCAUUGCUUAAUGCACUAUUGGCUGUAUCAUGUUUUAAUUUAAAGAGCAAAUUCGACAAGAAUUCCACUGAACAGAAUUUUUUUUUAAAUCUAGGAAUAGAAUUUAGAUCUCAAGCAUCUGGGUUUCUUAAGAAAUGUUUAAAUGAAACUGUGGAUAACGAACGAUAUAAGGAUGUCUUAACAGCGAUAUUAUCAAUGAAUUCAAUAGAUGUUGUAUGGGGAACUAUGACAGAUUGUCAACAUCACCUGACUAUAUGUGAGGAUUUUAUAGAAAAACGUAUGAAAAAGAGACCUACGUUAUCGAAAAAGGCUAAAAUAUUACAUAGAAUUUUUUCUUUUUUAAAGUUGGUUCAAGACAGUACUGCAUUAGAUAAAGUCAGGGACAAAGAAAUUGUUUUUACUAGUAAUGAUAAUAUCACAACCACCACUACAAACAACUGUAAUAAUAAUAAUAGAUCUAUAGCUAAUUCCAAUAACUCAACCAAUAAUAAUCCAAACAAUAGUAGUGGAAGAUCCAAUCAGAUAAAUAAUGUUCAUGCACCAAUUAGAGACUCACCAACUACAUCUGGCCUAUUUAGAGAAUCUGUUAACACUAUAGAUGGGAAAAUCCAAAUAGAGUAUAUCAACGAAGAUGAUAUUAUCUCUACCCCAUGUGGUAUGAGUCCUAAUGGAAGUCAGACUGCCAGUAAUUCAGAUAAUAUUAACCAAUUGACACCUCCUAUGUUUUCUAAUAUUGCAUCAAUGAGUUAUUAUUCUUCUGAUAUUAAUAAAUCACUCAACACUGCAACUAGUUCAAUACGUAGCACAUAUAACAAUGAGUCUGAUAGUUCUGCUUCUCAACAUAAGGAUAACACUAAACUUACCUCGAAUAUACCUGGUACAGACGCUUUAUAUGGGCUUCCAAAUUCGUUAAUCCUAUUAUUUUCUGAUUGUGUUCGAAUAGCAAGACAUACAGAAUACUAUAAUAUUAAGUACAUCUCUGUUCCGAGAGAUUUUAAUAAUUUGACUAUUCGCUUUGAGAAACGAUUACUAAAAUGGAAACCAGAAUGGACUUUUUACAAAAACGAAUUAAAAACAGAGUUUAUUAGUGAUACUGUAGAAGCAUUGUAUCAUCAUACGAUGAGCUUUUAUUUUGCACUUAUCAUAUAUUAUUUUACAAUGGCCAGGUGUUUGAAUAAUGAUUUUUUACAAAAGUACGUGUCAAAAGUGUUAAAACAUUUAAAGUUAAUGACUAAAGUUAUUGAUGAAAAAAAAAUUCAAUUAGUUCCGUUGAUGUGGCAAGGUUUCAUUGCCGGGUGCUCUGCCACUGAAGAAAAGACUCAAAAGGAAUUUAAAGAAUGGGCAGCUAAAUUAGCCAGUAACGGUAUGGGUUCAUAUUGGGGUGCUAGACAAGUGAUGUAUGAAGUUUGGAAACGUAGAAAAAAUGAUGAACCUGGCGACAGCUGGUAUGCAGUUUAUAAGGAUUGGGAAAUGAAUUUGAUGUUGUCAUAA